AUGCUAUAAAAUAUAGCGCAAAAAAGAGAGCAAUUUAUUAUUGGACUCAAAAAAAAGGCAAGGGAAGACACUUUCAGAAAAAAUAGGUUCCCCCAAUCUAAAGACAUAAUUCCAUUUGCUUCAAACAACAUCAUCAUAUAAUAGCCUUAUUACGAGGCAUUUGAAAGAGGCAAUCAGCAGAAAAUAAACUUCAUGAAUGACAAUAUUGAGAUGGAUGAAACAAUAGCAAACUGCAUUUUCAAAGUCUAGUAAUUAAGCAAUCAUUAUAACGAAUAUGAUUGCGAACCUGAUUAUGACACUACCAAAGAUGUAGAAAGAAUAUUCAAAGUUUUUAACAUUGGUUACCCUUAAAUUGAUAAAUCGUGCUUACACAUAUUAUUGGCUAUUUCUGCAGGGAAUCAUUAACAAGUUCAACCCAUUCAUGAACAUAUACAAAUGCUUGCUGGCUAUUACAAUUCAACUUACUAUACAGAAUUAUAAUAGUAUAUAUUGGAUAUAUUUGCUAAUCUGGCUUGUGAUUGUUACCAAUGUAGGGAUUUGAUUUUAGUACUCUAAGUGCCAAAAUGUUUAUGGAAUUAUACACUCUAAUGUAAAUAGAAAUGCCUAUUUGAUGACUUUUAUUCUUUGAUUAUAAAUUUGGAUAGAAUGAAACCAGAAAUUAACAAAUUUAAAUUAAUAGAGUUGCAUGAUAUAUUAUAGGAUCUUUUCAUUUAACUCUAUAAUGCCAAAGAGAAAUUAUGGAUUUUCAAAUUAUUAAACAGAAUCUAUUCCUAUGAUAAAUCAAAAUUAGAUUUGAGUUUUUUGAAUUAUCUAUUGAAAGGUGAUUAUGAUAACAUUUAAUUGUGCGGAGAAAUGUUUAAAUACUUUUAAUAUGUGUCCUUACUAGACAAUGAAAUUACUUUAAAUUUUCAAUCUUAAAUGGCACACACUAUAAUAAAGACAAUCAAUAAAUAUUUGGAAUAGUAAAAUAUUUAAAGAGGAGAUUUAAAACUUUUGGUAAAAAAAGGAUUUGCCACUUUAAGCAAUUUUAUUACAGAUGAUCCAUAAAUUAUUAAUGAAUUUUGGGAAGAAAUUCUUCCUUAUUUUUAAAAUGUCCCUUCUGUAUUUUUCGAGGUAGAUGACUUCUUUGUGUUUCUCCACAGCAUUAUCAAAUUUUCCAAAUGUGAGGAUGUUAAAAAAUUGAACAAUGAUUAUAAAUUGAUGAAGUAAAUAACUUAAGAAUUAAAUGAUUAUAGUGAAGAAAGAGGUAAUUCAUUUUUAUAUGAUAUUCUUUCCAUCUUAUACAGACUAAUCGGUAUAGAUUAAGUUAAUAUAAAAAUAUUUAAUGAAGAAGAUUGUGAAUCAAGGAUUUUAUUUGUUUAAAAAAUGAAAAUCUCAGAUGAAAAUUAUGAAUUAGCAAAUAUGAUUUUGGAUAAGCUUGAUUAAUGA